UGAAGAUAAACAGACGCACACACCACGCGCACACCAUGCAGAAGGUUGAGGUUAUCAGCGUUAUGGAUUAUUUAGCUAACGAUACUUUUAUUUAAAGGAAAAGCUGCUCUGUAUGCUGUCUUUAUUUCAGUGUGUAAGACUAAAAUAAUAUCCAGUCACUCACUUUGACGAACACACACUUUCAGGAUGGUGUCAUACAAGCGACUGAACCCUGAAGAUGUUCAGUUCUCCAGUGCAGUUUUAUCAGAAGAGCUCCGUCCAGUCCAUGAAGAAGUUCCAGUGCCGGAGCCAGAGGAAGCCUCGUUGCUUCCACGGAGGCCGUCAUGCUCCGUCACCACAGGCCUGCUGGUAAUUGGCUGCCUGCUGCUGCUCAUCUGCGGAGGCUGGUUACUGGGCACCAUGUUCUGGCUGCACCGUCCGUCUAACCAACAGCCACAUAGACCUCCGUCACCGGCCUCUGCACAAACACCAGACACUCAAGUAAAAACAGGAGUAAAUGACACUGCAGCUGCUUCCCGCCGUGAGACUUGCAGUUUAAUCCCUGAAGCGUGGAGGUUUGACUGCUACCCUGAAAGAGGGGUGGUUGUGACCCAAGAGUUGUGUGAGGCAAGGAACUGUUGCUUUAUCCCCGCAUCCUCUCCCUCCUCCUCUGCCACCCGCCCAUCAGACAGAAAUGGUAUCCCGUGGUGUUUCUAUCCUCAGGAUUUUCCUUCCUACUCGCUUGUGUCAAUAAACGACACAUCGCUGGGACAGAAAGGUACGCUCGUAAGGGAGGUGAAGACCUACUACCCAGCAGACAUCCUCACCCUAGAGGUGGAAGUACGUCAUGAGACAGACACACGGCUACGUGUCAGGCUUACCGACCCGUCGAACUCACGGUUCGAGGUUCCGAUCUCUGUUCCAGCUGCCACCAAGAAGGCAGAAAGUCCAGAAUAUAUCGUUGAGUUUUCAAAGCAGCCGUUUGGUCUCAUCGUGAAGAGGAGCUCUACAGGAGCCGUGCUCCUGAACACCACAGUGGCUCCUCUCUUCUACGCGGAUCAGUUCCUCCAGUUAUCCACCUCCCUGCAGAGUCAGUUCAUCUACGGGCUGGGCGAGCACCGCUCCACCUUCCUGCACGAUGUGCACUGGAACACACUCACCAUGUGGGCCAGAGAUGUGCCUCCUAUGGAACAGACGAACCUCUACGGAGCUCAUCCCUUUUACCUGGCCAUGGACGACGGCGGGAACGCACACGGCUUCUUCCUGCUGAACAGCAAUGCAAUGGAUGUCAUCCUGCAGCCCGCCCCGGCCCUCACCUGGCGCACUAUCGGUGGAAUCCUUGACUUUUACGUUUUCCUUGGUCCUGAUCCUGCGUCGGUGAUCGCACAGUAUGUGGAAGUCAUAGGCUACCCGACGAUGCCCAUCUACUGGGCGUUAGGGUACCAUCUCUGCCGCUGGGGUUACAACACCAGCAAUGCUACCUGGGAGGUUGUGAAGAGCUUGAGGGAUUCUGGGAUACCCCAGGACGUCCAGUGGAACGAUAUCGACUACAUGGACCAAUUUCUGGACUUCACUUUUGACUCUAAAAAGUUUGGCACACUGCCGGACCUGGUGAAGGACCUGCACGCUCACGACCAGCGCUACGUCAUGAUCCUGGACCCGGGUAUCAGCAGCUCCCAGGUGGCGGGCUCGUACUGGCCGUACGAUGACGGGCUGAAGAGAGACGUUUUUAUUAAAGACGCUGAAGGAAGAACACUCAUUGGGAAGGUGUGGCCUGGUCUGACAGCAUAUCCAGACUUCUCUGAUGAUGUGACGCAUGAAUGGUGGUACGACAACCUUCAGAGGUUCCAUGAGAAGGUGCCCUUUGACGGAUUAUGGAUUGACAUGAAUGAGCCGUCGAAUUUCCUGGAUGGGUCGACCAAUGGCUGUCCAUCAAACAGUCUAGAAAAUCCUCCUUACACACCCGGUAUACUAGGAGGUUUACUGAGAGCCAAAACUGUGUGCGCCACUGCACAGCAGAAGCAGUCUGUACACUAUAAUAUGCACAGCCUCUAUGGACUCAUGGAAGCUAAGGCGUCUGCAAGCGCUCUGAAGCGGAUCGUGGCAAAGAGACCUUUUGUGAUCUCUCGCUCCACCUUCCCCAGUCAGGGCAUGUACUCCGGUCACUGGCUGGGGGACAACAGGAGCCAGUGGAGGGACCUGUACACUUCUAUAGCAGGUAUCUUGACCUUUAACCUUCUGGGCAUCCCGUUGGUGGGAGCAGACAUCUGUGGCUUCAGCGAGGAGCCUCAGGAGGAACUGUGUGUCCGCUGGACUCAGCUGGGAGCUUUCUAUCCCUUCACACGCAACCACAACGCCAUCGACAUGAAGCCUCAACACCCGACAGCGUUCAGCCCUCUGGCUCGGACAGCCAUGAAGCAGGCUCUGCUGCUGCGUUACUCUCUCUUCCCCGUCCUCUACACCCUCUUCCAUCACGCACACGUGCACGGACACACCGUCGCACGGCCCAUAAUGUUCGAGUUCCCAAAAGAUGUCAAAACCUUUGGGCUUGACAAGCAGUUCCUGUGGGGGAGGAGUUUAUUGGUGACGCCAGUCUUGGAGCCUGAAGUGGACUAUGUGGACGGUUACUUCCCAGCGGGUCUGUGGUACGACUACUACACGGGCGACUCUCUGCACAGUGAGGGUGAAGACCUUCGACUCCAUGCUCCUCUAGAUAAGAUCAACCUGCACCUGCGUGAGGGCUCCGUUACACCAACACAGGCGCCCAACCUGACGCUGUGGGUGAGCAGCGGUCAGCCUCUCCAUCUGGUCUCCGCUCUCUCUGACGAAGGUGCAGCCAGCGGAGAUCUGUUCUGGGACGACGGAGAGAGCAUCGACACCUACGAGAACAACCUGUACUCCUACAUCCUCUUCAACGUCGCUCAGAACGUGAUGACGUCACAGGUGCUCCAUAGCAACGUGGAGGCCACAUACAUCACCGUGGAGACGGCCUCCUUCUACGGGGUGAAGCAGAAGCCGAGCAGAGUGCUGGUGAACUCCCAAGAUGCAACGUUCACCUACAGAGCCAACCAGGUGUUGACGGUCGCAGAUCUGGGUCUCAACCUCAGUCAGAACUUCACCAUCAGCUGGAUGUAACCAAUCAGAUGUUUUAUUUAAGUUCAUCGUUGGUUUUAUUUGCUCAUAAAGUUACAAGCGGACACACGCUGCAGCCUUUAGGGAAGUGAUGAUGAUGAUGAUGAUGAUGAUGAUGAUGAUGAUGAUGAUGACGACAUUGCAGGUUAAAGGCAAGUUUAUUUAUAAAGCACAUUUCAGCAACAAGGCAAUUCAAAAUGAUUUGCAUAAAACAUCCAAAGCAUCGAGACCGAGUGCAUAAAAGGACAUAAAUAUAAUUAAAACGGUAAUUAAAGAGUCAAGAGAAUAAAAUACCAUCAUAAGAGUCGCAGCACAAGAAGGGAACACGUGUUCCUUUUCACAUUUGUUUUGGGGGAACAGUGCAGGACUCGUCAACCUUUUUACCCUCGGGGGGGGGGGGGGGUCAAUCAGAUGUGGCUGCAAAGACCCUCGGUAAAUGAAAGCUCAGCACUUUCACCUCGUAGUCGUUGUUUCACGUCGUUGUUUCACGUCGUCUCUGACGUGCUGGAGUCCAGAGAGCAAACAGAAAAGAUGAACAGAUAGAGUUACUCAGAGCGAGAGGUCAAACGUGUGUUCAUAUUGAAAGUGUGACGUUUAAAAAAAGAAUCUAAUUUAUUGCCUGAUAACUUAUCGCUUAACUUUCACCUGGUUUCAAACAAACGGCUCGGUGAUCUUUGAUCUUUUAUCUGAGCGUCAGCAGGAAGAUAAUGUGCAAUAAGUGACAGCGAGGACGAACACUUCAUCAUGUAAUAUGUGCUGCUCACAGCUUACUGUUGCACUAAUUAACUGCAGUGUUGUAAAGAUGGAUGCAGGUGCCUUAUGAUUCCUGUUUGUGUUCCGUGAGCGUCUGACUUUGUUCCAGAUGUUCCCUUUUGUUCCGCUUUAUAUUGUGAGCCUGUGCUAAACGCUGAUGACCGUAGUGCUGCGCUGCACGAUGAUUACUUUAAAGCAGCCUCACGUGUUCUGCGAUCCUGUUGCUGCGUGCUCUGGUGGCAGGAAGCGGUCCUGCAGCUUGUUGAGGGAAGUUUUCAGGAUCAUUCUGCUUAAAUUUGACCGUAAUGCUGUGAAAAUCUGAUUUUUAUAAUUUCUAGUCUUUCUCCGAGAACACGGAGCUGUGGAAAGCUUGCACCUUCUCAAAGCACAUCGUCGAUGCAUGUGUGUUGUAAAGAAAGUACGCGAAGCAUGUGAAGAUACGAUACAGAGUAUAUUUUACUGUCAUUCAUGUGAAGGUGACUAAACCAUGCAGUAUUUUAUCAUUGUUGUGCUUAUAUUUUUCUGUAAUUGCUUGAAUUUAAUUAUAAAAACAAAAUAUAAACUGCAGUUUUACUGGAUCUUUUUUUUUUAUUUUGCCAAAGAAAAUUCCUGUUUUCAUGUUUUAUUUUUUGCCCGUUUUGAUCAACAGUUUUAAUUUAAAUACUUUUUAUAUUCCUGUGUUUGGAUUUGAACCUUGAGUUGCCGGAGCACAGGUGCCACUAGAGGACACACUUUUUAAAGAAUGUGAAGAGCAGAUAUUUAAUCCACAACGGGUCCAAAGUACUGAGUAACCGAGAGUAUAAAGUUAAUCUACAAACUGCUUUACUGUAACGUUGAAGUAUGAUGUAAGUCUUAUCUUUUAAUACCCAUUGUUCGAGCGAAUAACAACCUUUGAAGACCAAGACACUGCAACAUGUGAGCUGAAUGUUUAUUGUACAGCAGUUACUAAAGUUACUGUGUCGGCUCAAAUGAACAGAAACACAUUCAAUAUUAAUAUUAAUAAUGUGAGUUAUGUAUUCUCUCCUCAAGCUCUUCAUACGUGUCUCACAAUAAUCUCAUAACACACUGAUGUAAAAGCACUCGCAACAGGAAGCGUUACACUCGUGAUGAACGUUUUAUAUUUGAAGUUUCAAUAAUGUUUCCCAUAAAUCAGUAAAGGGGGGGUCGUGGCUGUAAGAGCCGGAGCAGGGAACCCCUACAUCUGUAUAAACAUGUUUUAUGGUGCAUACCUUUUAAAAUCUCUCUUUAUUUUUACACUUAUCUUUGCUUAUAAUCUGUUGGAUUAGUGUUCUUGUAAUGUGUAUAUUUAGCUAAAGAACACUUUAAAGGCUCCCCUGCGAUAACGGCGAGGACCACCUCGGGGGCACAGACCCCAUGUUGAAACCCCAUCCUGUAAACCAUAUGGAACAAGUCAUUAAUAAUUCAAUUGCAGCUUUUUGCUUUAAUAUACUUAUGUUUUCUGUGUCUUUGCAUAUAGUCAUUUACUUGUGAAAAAUAAAACUACUUCCUGAGUU